GACAUUUCGAUUACUCUUCUUGUAAUCUGUUAGGGUACCAGGCAGGGCGGUCAGGAUAGCCGAAAUACGAUCUUACAGCCAGCCACAGAUGGGAGUCCUGAUUGCUGUCAGCAUGCUGUCUCCUGCCCUCUUCGCUAGACUACAGAAUAUACCGGAGAGGCAAAGGUCUUGCCUCCGACAAGGGCGGUAUCAGCUACCUUCCGUGAGACCCGAUCCACCAGAGUCGGCGACUAUCAAGCUAUGCCUGCAUACGGUAGCGACCGGUGUAGGUUGCUGCAGACCCCAGUUUCUUUCGACCACCUGGGACCAAAAAAACGACUGUGGCAGUUAUACACCUGGCAGCCGGAACACAUAAAUAGAGUAGGUACGCUUGCUCAAGUCUUGGACUCCUGAUUCCAACUCUACCUUCAAGUCUCCAAGCGGAAGCUCUUUGCAACAUUUUCUUACUCAUUGUUGCUUGAUCCAAACACUCGACCAUGAACCCUCUCAAGAUCGAAGACCUUAGUGGUAUCCAGGGAGACAUUCUCCUCAACGGAUUUCCAAAGAAGGCCGAAGUCUUCUCGUUCUUCACAAUCAGAGCUACACAGCAAUUUUGUCAGACCAUUCAGACAGUAGCCAGUUCAAAGAUCGCAACGGGAAAGGACAUCAAAGACCUACGUGAGCAAAUCAGCAAGCUCCCCAAAGGCCAGAUCAUAGAUGUAGCAAAGACCAAUAUUGCCUUCACAUCUGGAGGGUUGACAAAGUUGAGCAAUUCCCAAAGGUCACUCCAGAGAGGCCUAAACGGCCUACAGAAUUCUGCGCCCUCAUUCGUUGUCGGUAUGCAAAACGAGACUGAGCGUGAGGCAUUGGGAGAUCCUGUUUUCAGCAACUGGAACCUCAACCAGAAUGGUGGUGGAUCAAUCGAUGGUGUUUUGAUUGUGGCUGGAAUCAAGAUGGAGACUGUUCAGGCCGAGCUGAAGAACGUGUACUCCCAAUUAAACAAGGGCGGCGAAGCGGUGAUUGAGCUGUUCAAAGAAAUUGGAGUUGAGAGAGCGAGUCAACCAGGUCACGAACAUUUUGGGUUCAAUGAUGGUAUAUCGCACCCGCAGGUCUUCGGCAUUAACAACAGCCCCAGCUUGACCUUCCAACUCGAUGAUGUUGUUCAGCCAAAAGACACAAGCAAUUUUGUGGAUCCAGGCGUCAUCGUGGUUGGCAGACAUGGUGAUGAGAACAACCCUAAGCCUCAGUGGAUGACGGAUGGCAGUUUCCUGGUUUUCCGCAAGUUGGAGCAGCAUGUGGGCAAGUGGAACGACUUCGUAGUCAACAAGUGGAAGGACGCAGGUUCGAGUGGCCCAGCUCAGUUCGGCGCCCAACUCAUGGGCAGAUGGCAGAGUGGUUGCCCCAUCCAUAUACAGGACCAGAGAGAUGACAGUACCCUGGCUCUAAGGAACGACUUCGAUUACGGUGGCCUGACAAAGCAGGGGAAAUGUCCUUUGGCAGCUCAUAUCCGCAAGGCGCACAUUCGUACCGGCUUCAACUCUACUCGCAUAAUGCGCCGUGGAAUCCCUUACGGCGACGAUUUCAGAAACGGUCAACCAGAUGUAGGGCGAGGUCUCCUAUUUGCCUGCUACCAAUCAACAAUCGAAAACGGCUACAGGUUCAUCCAAACUGCAUGGGCGAACCAACCGGGCUUCCCUACCGGAGAUGCUGGCCUCGACGUCACCAUUGGCCAAGGAAAAGCAACAGACCCUCCAAGCCCAUUCCAGAUUGGCACCAAAUCGGUCAACAUCAACCCGAUCAACGACUUCGUCACAGCCAAGGGAGGAGAGUACUUCUUUGCGCCGUCCAUGAAAGUCCUGAGAGCUGGAUUCAACAUCGAAAACCUCGAAGCCAAAUUGUGAGAUACAAAGAAUGAUGUCGAACAGCUUUGGGGUGCUAUUGCUGGGAUCGUUAUAGGGGAAAUACGUAUAACGGUUCUAAAUGCCUCCCUCCAUAUCAACAACUGAGUUACCUUACUGUAUCAUUGACGUGCUGUGCGGAUGACUCAAGGCUGUUGCAUCGUAGUAAACCACGUUUCCGGUAGCGGUUGGGGAAGCGCUCACUUUGAGACUUGAAUGCCAUCCCGGACAAAACCUUGGGGCAUUCUCACGGUCAUGGCUAGUUCCAUGUUGUAAUGAUGCCAUGAUAGUUGCACUGUGCAAGAAGAGCAUUCGUCGUGUCCGCCUCAGUUGUCUGGUUCUUGACUUGGGCAUCAAGAAGUUGAUAGAAGCACAG